UCGUGUGUCGCCUCUUCAUGACUUGUGUGCGUGAUAUGACGAGAUAUGACGGUGAAAAAACAAAUCGCACGAUAUAACGUCUGGUACCCAGUAAACAAGCUUAUCUUCUUCAUCUUAUCUAAGCUUAUACUUGACCCGGCACAAUUUCAGAACGGCACCACUCUAUAAAUUUAUUGCUUCCUUUCCCUGGACAAAAAGCCGGUGUACGUGCCAAAAAGUUCCAGUUGUUCCUGUAAUAAGAAGAGUUCAAGAUGCAAAGAUCAGCCCAUUCAAGUGAAAGCGAGGGAAUAGAAACACUUGGCAGUGAGCAUUACUUCCAAGCCACUCAGUACAAGGUAGUGACUGCAAGCUCUUUCUUAGACCAUCAGAGCAAGCUGCAUAUUGAUAGCCGGCCUGGCAAUGUCCGUAACACUGGAAUCAUCUGCACUAUCGGGCCUGCAUCGUGUGCGGUCGACACCUUAGAGAAGAUCAUCCAAGCUGGAAUGAACAUCGCUCGUAUGAACUUCUCUCAUGGAACACAUGAGUACCACUCCCAGACGAUUGCAAAUGUGCGAGCGGCAGAGAAGCGUUUUCGUGUCCCUCGUUGUAUCGGGAUUGCCCUGGACACCAAGGGACCUGAGAUCAGGACCGGUCUGCUGGAAGGGGGCGGUAGCGCCGAAGUUAAACUUGAGGACGGAAAGAAGAUCCGUGUGUCCCUGGACCCAGCUCACGCUUCUUGCGGUAACAAAGACUGCAUCUUUGCCGACUAUGCCAAUAUGAAGAAUGUCUUAGAAGUUGAUGGCAUCAUCUACAUUGAUGAUGGACUCAUCUCGCUUCAGGUCAAGUCCAUUGGUGCCAACUACCUUGACUGUCUGAUUGUGAACGGAGGUAUGCUGGGGUCAAAGAAGGGCGUUAACCUCCCGGAAGCCAUUGUUGACCUGCCAGCGGUAUCAAAGAAGGAUAAAGAAGAUCUUCUCUUUGGGGUCGAGCAAGGGGUGGACAUGGUGUUUGCUUCCUUUAUCCGCAAGGCAGCCGAUGUCGCCGAGGUUCGUGGGGUCCUCGGUGAAGCGGGCAAAAACAUUAAGAUCAUCAGUAAAAUUGAGAACCACGAGGGACUUCACAGAUUUGAUGAGAUCCUGGCGGCGAGUGACGGCAUAAUGGUCGCCAGAGGAGAUCUGGGUAUCGAAAUCCCACCAGAGAAAGUCUUCCUCGCACAGAAAAUGAUGAUCAGUCGCUGUAACAAAGUGGGCAAGCCCGUCAUCUGUGCCACACAGAUGUUAGAGAGCAUGGUGAAGAACCCAAGACCAACCCGUGCAGAGACCAGCGAUGUUGCUAAUGCAGUCUUAGAUGGUGCAGAUUGCGUCAUGCUAUCAGGUGAAACUGCUAAAGGAGCUUAUCCCAUAGAUGCCUGCUCAAUGAUGCAUAAGAUUACCCGUGAGGCAGAAUCAGCUGUUUUCCAUCUCCGGACUUUUGAGGACCUCUGCCGUUAUGCUGAGAUGCCGACUGGUGCUGCUUUGACGAUUGCCAUCGCCGCAGUAGAAGCGUCUUUCAAAUGUCUUGCUGGUGCCAUCAUUGUACUCUCCAAGACUGGAAGAUCUGCGCACAUGAUAUCCCGUUUCCGUCCACUGGCUCCCAUUCUGACGGUAACCCGCAGCGCAGACGUCGCUCGUAGAAUCCAUCUCUACAGAGGAUGCUUCCCGUGUCUCUACCAGGAGAAAGAAAACGAGAACUGGCAGGACGAUAUCGACAACCGCGUGAAAUACGCCCUCACUUCUGGACUUCACAGGGGCUUCUUCAAGGAGGGUACCCCAAUCAUCGUCGUGACUGGAUGGCGCUCCGGUUCUGGCUACACAAAUACGAUGCGUAUUAUCUACGCUUGAGGGGUCACGUGGGCUCUUAUAGACCUUUUCGCAAAUACCAAGUGUGCAAGCGCCAACUGUUGAAUGAGGUACAUGCUAGCGAUCAAGUUAGAUCAGCAUGCACCUCAUUACUCGCCUAAAGCGCGCGCCCAAGUAUUUGCGAUGAGGUCUAUGUUAAAUGGCGUUAUAGAAACCCGGGAAUACGACUUCUAUUCAUACAUACACAUCUGCUUGUUGCCAAUGAUGUUUUGAUUUGGUUGUUCCUGUUUACAAAAAAAUUAUCAUAUGGAUGGUUUGACAAAAAUGUUGCUCAUUUUGUGAGGGAAACAAAUUGCAUGUCUACGAGUUUUAUUAUGAAUACAGUUGUACUGAGUUGACCUGUAUUGCACUUUAGAACUUGUUCAAAACUGUGGGAAUUCACAACUUCUUUUAGAUUCGUGCCAUGUAUUGGGGAUCGGGUUGACUUUGUGGUGGUAUCGUGCCACAAGAAUGUACUCUUUAUAAGCACAACCUCUUUACAACAGGUGCUUUUUAUAACGAGGGGUCACUGUCGUCAAUUUUGAGGAUCCCUUGGUGUCAAUGUGACCAGAAAAAUAAAAUAAAAAUCUUAAACAAAAACUAAAUGCAUGAUUUUUGAUCUUUUUCACAGCCCAACAGGUCCAGUGAAUCAACAAUGCUAAGCUGUUUAAAAAAAAACUGCUCAGCCAGAUUAUAUACAGCCAAAAUGUUGUCUGUGCUUGGCACAUAAUUGUGUCUUUGUUUUGCUUAUAUUUAUGCAUAGAAGAUUAAUUUAUAAAAGCAAUAAUUGUUGUUGGCUACCUCCAUGUUAAUCGGCCGGUUAUGCUUUGAAAUCUUAAUACAUGUAGGUCGGCUGGCCUUUUCAGCGAUUUAUUUUGAAAAUCAUUUUAGCAAGAUAUUAUCCACGACAAUCUCCUUUUAAAAACCUCUACGAAGACAUACUUGAAUCUGGAAUUUAUUUAAAAGUAACGGAUUGUUGUAGAAGAGUUAGACUCAAACUUGACAAUCUGCGCAAUAUAAAAGGUGCUGUAAAGUUUCAGUAAUUAGCAAUAUACCGACAUAAUUAAUUACUUAUCUUGCAUAAAUACAACUACUUUAAGGGGAUAAAUUAUUUGUAACAUGAGUUAUAGAAUCAGAGGUCUGGUUUACAGAAGUUAGGAUGUUUGUGAGUAAAGUGCAUAUUUUACAGGAUUGCAGUGUGUGACUUUCAGUAUAUUUGUAGGAUUGUCACCAACAGGUAUCUAAGCUCAUAUCAAAAUAGACUGGCACCUGAAAAGUAAAGUUGUACUGUAUUAGUAGCAUAGAGUUAUAAAUGAGAACUAGAGGGCGCACUGGCGUUUGUGCACGCAGCAUCACCAGUGCGCUCUCUAGUUCAUAUAUAUAACUCUAUGAUUAGUAGUCAUCAAGAAGGCCACUAGACUUAACUUUCAGCAAUGUUGUUGUGCUUGUUGAAGAGAACAACCCGAUCUUAGACUUGAAACCAAGUUUAGUCCACAUGGUGAUGUAGCCUUAACCAUUCUGCUGUUUGUUGCGGUAUAAAGCCAAAGAUUAUUUUACAAAUUGACCUCAUAAAAAGCAGCAAAAUAAUGCAGCACAGUUUGCAUAUAAUGUGAUAGAUACUAACAAGAGAUGCAGUUCAAACCACCACCCUGUGUGUUUGUUAUUAGUUUUAGUUUGAUUGGACUGAAGUGUAUUUGAUCGAGAUUCACCUUCACGGUUCUGCUUAGCGCAGAAUAUCUUCGCUUACAGCACUCUGUAAAGUAAUCAUUGUGUAAGCUGUAAGCACAGAAUGCAGCGGUAAGCAGAACUCUGAAAUUAGGCUCAGUUGAUGUGGUUUGUACUACGUACUAGUUGACAUGUUUGCAAACAGAGAUUCUGUUAAGAUCUUAAGAGCUUUAUAAUCAUGUCUUGAGUGCUAACUUGUAGGAGCUUGCAUGAGGUACUGCAGGUUUAUAGGGCAGUGGUUUUGGUCAAGAUAACACAUAAGUUUUGUAGCUGUGAGAACACAGGGAUUUGAAGAGUUGAUGCUUUGGUCAAAACAUGUGUAGCUCAAUGAUUAAUGUGUGUUUGAAUAUUUUAACAAAAAUUCUUUAACUAUUGUGCUGUAUUGAGUGACAGUUGUAGACCCUUGUACACAUUAUCAAGCACUCCAAAGCUUAGUGUGUGAGGUGACAGUUAUUGAAGGAAAACAUUUCACUUGUAGUCUACUUUUUUGCAGUUAACCAAACUGCCCUCACCCUUUAAGUUCUGUCUGAUCAUUCAACCUACUUUAAAAAGUCAAAGGGUUGGCGACAUUCCCUUGUCUUUUCUUUCAACUCCUUCAAAUUGCUUUGAAAGGUUGUUGACAGAGUGUAUGGGUCUUUGACAUUAGAAGAGCUGCCAACAUUUGCAUCUUGUAAUCUGGACGAUUUUGUGUAACAAUCAGUGAGAUGGUUACAAUGACAUUCAAUGUAAUAGGGAAUUUGUUUCCAUAAUCAGGGAGAAAGUCAAAUUUGUUCAUCCGAACAUGGAGAGAUUGAAUUUUGUUUAUGUUUUGGGAAUUUUCUGUGGAAUGGAAUAAGUUGGCAGAGUUGGAAGCUCAUGAAUAAGUACAGUUUUUUGUUUUAACUGAUCAUUAAUAAUAUGAUAAUAAUUAUUAAUUAUUAUUAUUCUUUCAUUGAGUUUACAACGGCCUCAGGGUUUGUACCACACUGUGUUGACCAUAAUACCAUGUCCAAGUUUGUUAUUAAUAAUUAAUAACCCUUUGUAAAUUGUUCCCUACAAAUGUUUUCUCUGGUAAUGCUCACAAAAACAAAGUUACCAAAGAACUAUAGUUUGAUCUUAAGUGCGAAUCAGUCUUAACUGAUAAGCGAAGUGUGAUGUCACACUACAGAUGACUAUGGUGAUACUGAUAACUCAUAUAUUUAAAGAUUGAUUUUAUUGCUUUGUAAUGGUAUGGUAGCAAUACAAUUAAUUUGUGUACGAUCCUUAUUCCACCUGCCAGUGGCGUCACAUCAUCAGGCCUGUUCAUGGGCAUUCCCAGAGAACAUUAAAAAAAAAAUGUAAAAAGUGGUUAGUAGCUCACUCAUAUUUUAUUAAUAACAAACAUUUACUUGGCAUAUGGGCAAGAUAGAAUGGCACACAUUCUUUAAACUUAUCAGUUUCCCAGCUAUUAUUGACAAACGGAGCUUGGAAAAAUAAUUAAAAUCAGGAGUUAAUAUCUUUAUUAUUAUUUCUUUAUUUUUUAGUAGCAAUUAGUCUUGCCUGAGUCUUUGGGAAAAAACAAAUUUGAGAAUUCCAUUAAGAUGACUUGCUUUCCUUUUUCUGAAACUUCAAUCUAGUCUAUAAAAUAGUCAACUUGCAUGUUUAAACAUUGCAUAUUUAUCUGAAGUAGCCACGAUUUUGCAUAGUAUUCGAUGGUAAAACCUUUUUGAAACAAAUUAUAAGUACAUGAACAUAUCUUGUUAAAUUUCAUAUCUCUGUGAGAGUUAUUAUAUUUUCUUUCUUUCAGUAAGCCAACUAUAAAAAAGGCAAAGUGUUUAGUAUUGGUACAUGUAUAGAGCAAGAUGAAAACAACUGUUGACAUUUAUUAUAUCCAAAAUUAAAUUAUAUAAAAGGCAUGGUUCACUUAUGAUUUGGAAAAGAGUGUUUUGAUUCUGGCCUUGAUUUCACAAAGAGCGAAGAUUGGUCUUAAGACUUUUAUAAAUCUUAAUUGCUAAGCAAAGUCUGAUGUCACAGCACAAA